UAUAAGUAAGACACGCCGUCUUUCUCCGAUUUUUUCUUCUUCCGUCAUGAAAAAUGUUGAUAAAUUGAACUCAAUUCUACGAUAUUUGAAGAGAUAGACUGCUUCACACAACUUUAUCAAGACGCUUUACUUUCAUUCUUUCGUCGGACCUCAGAAAGGAGAACCUUGGCGAGGUAACUAUGUCACGCUCGGCUCUGAUCUAUAUAUACGGAGCUGUAGGCCUCGGUUUAGUAUGUACUUUGUCGGUUCCUAAUGGAGUCUCUGCCAAAACAUUGUUCAAGGUUUACUGGAAUUCAUCAAAUCCCAUCUUCCGAAUAGACAACACUGAUCACAUUAUUGAUGUAAACAAGGGAAAUAUACCUUUUGAAUAUGACCAAGUUAACAUCAUUUGUCCAGUUUACAGUCCAGGAACACAAGAAGAGGACGUGGAGAGAUAUAUAAUUUAUAAUGUUUCCAAGGAGGAAUAUGAUUCUUGUCGAAUCAACAACCCCAACUCCCGUGUUAUAGCCGUCUGUGAUAAGCCUCAUCAACUGAUGUACUUUACUAUUACUUUCCGUUCGUUUACCCCUCAGCCUGGAGGCCUGGAAUUCAAACCUGGUCAAGACUAUUAUUUUAUAUCGACAUCUGGUGGGGGACAUGAUCAACUUCACCAGCGUAUGGGUGGACGCUGUGCUACUCACAAUAUGAAGAUAAUCUUCAAAGUUUGCUGCGAUCCCUCGAAAAAGAGCACCACCACCACUACCACCAGCUCUACAAUGUCUAGUGUAACUUUUCCUGCCCUUAAACCUGUGCUUACACUCUCUAGCACAACCACAACGACCACCUCCACAGAACCAGUUUCCACCAACUCGGGUGUCAUCUUUCGGUGGUUUCCCCCAAAUUUCCCAUCUAAACCUCCAACCAUCAAAACUUUUGAAGUGCCAACUCGAGCGGACAAGAAAAAGACUAUUCCAAAGAAGAAGGGAGACAGAGACAAACUACCCAAUCAGACACGGGCGAAGAAUGAGGAAUUGGUUAACAACAUAGCGUCUGAUAACCGCAGGGCUCACGUGACUUCGACUAUGGUGUCGCUAGUGUUGUUACUUGUUAUAGUUCUUCAGACAAGGUGAACUGUGGAGGCUAAGGAUAACCAUACUCAAAAACUUUUCAGUCCUUUCGCUGUGUACAAACUGUACCAUAGUGCCCUGUAACAUAGACAUACAAAAUGGCUUCGGAAGCGACGCCAGUAGAUAUCUGGUCAGUGGACGUGUUAAGUUGUUUCAAAGGAGAACGUUUCUCUCCUUGUGCUAAUUACUAGAGCUUAGCCAUGAACUUAAUAGUUUGGUAUACUCUUCUAAAAGUGAGACGGUAGCUUAAGGUGAUACACAAGAACUCGACAACAUUUUUGUUUUUCAAAAAGUAAUAUGUCAUUGGUGGCAGUUACCUAACGGAACCACAGACUUCUGCUAUAAAUCACGAGUUUACUUAAACGUUAUACUUCUCUUCCACCUUUACUCCACUCUAUAUCGGAAGAUGUUUUGAAAGCAAAUCCACUGUACUUCAAUAUAAGCUGAUAUUCCAAACCCUUCAGUCCUUGUUUAAGAACAUAAGUCAUCUCCUUUGGACGACGCUAUUGUUCAAGCCGGGAAUAAUGAUUACAAACUCUUAACCGAAUAAGUAUUUCUAAUUUCAUGCUGUGCCACUAGAGAAAAGUUACUCGAGGUCGUGUGAAGGUUUGUAGUGUAGCAAGCCCUGUAUCAAUAUAUAUAUAUUACUGGUAUUGUGUAGGUAAAUAUUACAGGUUUAGUUGCUGUAGAAAUAACAGGCAUUGUUUCGGUGAUUGUUAAAUUGCUCUAAUUCCAUGAUUUGAAAAUAGUUUCUAGUAACAUGAAACAAUUGGUUGAAAUAAAACUAUUAGUAAAUAACCGUAACACUUAUUGUUUAAAGCACUACUGCAGUAAAUAAGCCCACUCUGAUAUUCUAUUUGCUAUCUCAAACUUACUGAUACUCUUAGUGUUUAAACAUCUAGCAUAAUGAUUCCUUUCAUAUAUUUUGGUCUGCCAGUUGUUAAAAAACAACAACCCAUUAGCAUUGAACUCAGCGAGUGAAACUGUUCAGUAAUCUGCCUUAACGUUUGAGACAAUUUUUCUUGAGGACGAUAAAACUUUUGUACGUUUAAUUUAACGCGUUAAGAACUCAACAUUGUAGGGAAAAGUAAUGCCACCAUCACUUGGCACACAGGAGUAUUUUUUUUUUUAAAUUUAGUUCAAUACUAACUGAGAUAGGAGUAGAAACAAUGUAAUCUGUGUUUACGUUAGGCAACAUAGCAAGAACAAAAGGUCUACCAGGCGGAAAGCCAAUUUCGUUAUGAAGGAUUAAUGUGCCAAAUAGUCGUCAGUUUUAUCUAGUGCACAGUGCCUUAAAGUGUAGUGAUCUCGUUUCAAGCAAUUUCGAGCCAUAUUCUACACCGUCUUGUCAAAUCUAGAUCAUGUAAUCGGCCAUAAAGAAAUGAGAAAGACGGAUUUAAUAUGUACGUCAGUUAAGCUGAUUUUAAUGUAAGAAACACUGCUGAUUAAGGUUUAUAGCUGUCAGAACUUUGAAAGAGAUAUUAUUUCGUCAUGUCCUUACAGUAUCGCUGUUAAAGUGCAUAAAGUGAUCACAUUUUUUAAAUAAUUCGUAAUUAAAAAAAAAAGAUCUGUUUCCACUAGAAAUUGAACCAAUUGCGUUUCUUUCUCUGUUUGUUUUCGUAAAUAAUAACCGUGUUAAAUUAUGUUCUUUAGGUUAUUUGCACAUUAUUGAACAACGUGUACACGUUUGAAUUAAGUUAUAAACAAAAUUCAUUUAUCCUGUAAAAGUUUAAGUCCAUAGACAUAACUGUGAAACUUCGACGUUGGUCGAUUAUGGAUCACACUUUCUGGUUACUGAUUCACUACCCAGGCUUCAGAUGUUCUUUUGUAAAUAGAGUAAUAGCAAACUACACAGACCACGUAACAGUAGACAAGGAUAGGACAGAUGUUUGUUGUAAGUAAUGUUCAAGCGUUAAAAGUGGUGGAAUUUUAUCCUUUAACGGCAGACAACUAUUUAAACAAUAGUUAAAUAAAAACGUAAACUCACAGAAAAGAAGAUUGUAAAUUGAAAGG